UGUUUCUGAACUCAUAUAGUGCGCAAACUUCUCUUUCUCUCCUCCCAAAUCUAUUUUCACCGACGCCACCCACUAGCACCGGCAACCUCCGUUCUCGCGCCGCCGACGCGUCCCGUCCCCGAACCGCCGCCCAUAACCACCGCGCGAACAGGGCUGUUCCACUGCACUCCCCAACAACACAGACAGUGCCACCACCUCCCGCCCUGCUCAGCUGCCCGGUUCUGGAAAAGUAGGUGCACUUGGAUCAAAUAUUGAGAGAAGAGUGCAGACAGUGAUAGGAUCUUGUGGAAUUUUCUGGGAAAAAUAUUUUCUGAGGAAAUGGACGAGGGCAUGCAAUUGCAAAUUUCCCUCGACAAGCUACCAAUCAAGCGUCUGGAUUCCAUUGAAGAAAAUGGAUUUGAACGAUUCCCACCAGAUGUGGAUUAUGAUGAGAAGCGGCUCUCCCUAAUCAGGCGAAUUGAUUUUGCUUGGGCUGUUGAGAAGGAUGAGGAGAAGAAGAAAAAGCAAAAGACCUCAAAGGAGAGCUCAACGCCAUGGCAAUGGCAGAGCAUGGUAGAAAAUUUGCAGUUGGCUCAUCAGGAGCUUUCUGUCAUCAUGGAUCUCAUCAACACUGUGGAAGCAAAUGAUGCAGUAACGGUGGCUAGCAUGACAAGACCAAAACUAUUACCAAAUGAAGCUUUGUCUGACCUGGCCGUAUCUGCAGCCACCAAGCUGCAAUGUUACCGUAACGUUGGGAAAUAUUUCAAGCAAUCUGCCAGGGCUUUUGAACAACAGGUUGCUCGGGAAGCUAGGUUUUAUGGUGCCCUUAUCAGGUUGCAGCAAAAUUGGAAGGUUAAACGGCAACGCCAAGCAGCUAUUAUUCCAGGGAACGAAGGCUUCACCUUUGAUCUCUUUGAUAACUCUUAUGACCAACCAGCUAUUAUUCGCUCAUUGUCUAUGUCUACUGUUAGAGUCAAUCAUGAUGCAGCUGGAAUGCUGGCAAUAAAUGUGUCUCCUGACUUAUGCCAUUCUCUCCAAUUUGGUUUUGUUGGUGCACAAUCAGAUGAUAUACAGAGGAAAUCCAAUGAAAACAAAUCUCAGUUUUCAGGUGAGCAUAAUUUGGGAAAAACUGGCGAAGAGUCCUCAAGUGAUGAAGAGUGUGUUACGAAAACACACUCACUUCUGCGUGAAGUACAUAAAGCAAUUUUCAGCGAACAGGUGUUUGAUCUGGUGAAUCGUGAAGCAUUUAACACAUUUACAGGUGUCAGUGUGACUGGAAUACGGGAAAAUUAUUUACAAUUGAGCUUAGAUCAAGGAACCUCUGUGUACUUAUCACUCGUGUCCAAUGAUCAAGAUCAUCCUACAGUUAAAGGUGAACUCACCAAUAAUGUAGAAAAUGCCAAUUUACUUCUGGAAUCAUCUGAUGGAAUGAAGCUUGAAGCCAAACAGAACACCCCUAAGAAGAAAGGGCAGUUUUCUAAUUCUAUCUGCUAUGAGAUUUACAUUCAACAGAUUUUUCAUGAACAUAUAUUUGGAAGAGGUAGCGAAAAACCAAUUUCCUCUGGAAAUCGUUUAUCUGGCAUACAGGCAAAGGAUGGCUCCAGUCUUCUUGGUCAUUUUUUUAUGUCUUUGGCUCACAGGAUCUUUUCAACUAAAGUUCUUGCAGAGCUAGAAAACGUGGUAUGCAAGGUCCCAUAUCUACAGCUAAUUUCUAAUCCGACGUGGAAUUCUCGAGCUUCAUCCUGGACACUCUACAUGGAGGUUCCUCAAUCUAUUCUUCGUGGUUCCCAAACCAAAACAUCAGACUAUUAUGAGAAAAAUGCUGUCAAGCGUCAGUUUUGGACUAAGGUGGUGGUAAACGAUGAUUGCAUCAAUGUUAAAGCAGAAGGUUCUCCAAAUGUUGCCGGCCUGUUCAAGGGAAAGUCUGAGGAAAGCCACUCAAUAAACAAAUAUGACUGCAAUUUGGCUGAUCUUCCUGUGAUUAUUUUGCAGCAGGUUGCGAGCCAAAUUAUUAACUGGCUCUAUGAGGAAGCUCUGAUGGUUGGGAUAAAAGCAAAUCGGGACUUUUUAUGCUUAUCUUUUGAGCUGGAGCAGGGUGAAACACUUGGUCUGGUUGCAAGUGUUGAUCCAGAAGAUAGUGAAGGUUGUAUAUCUUGGUGGUUGGUUAUGGAGGACAGUUUUGCGGAGGAGCAAAAGCUUCAAAUGAACAUCACUGAUGGUGCAUCUGAAUAUAGGAAAUUCCUUGGUCACUUGUCUCUUGAUUUGUUAUACGCAACACUUAUGGACUUAGUUGGCUGGUGCAGUGGUGGGGGAGGCCAAUGAAGAAAGAAGGAUUCUCAUCAUUUCCUUCAUUAAUUCAGAGCAGUUUCUUGUAGACUCUCAACUUCGUCAAUUUAUUGCCCACUUCUCUCUGCAUUAGACGCUUUCUAAUUGAUGCUCAAAGAAGUGCAGAGUAAGCUUGAAGCCUUAUAUGUCAGGUUGACUUAGCAUGGCAAUUAGCCAGUCCAAACUAUUUGCAUUUAACUAAAUAAGGAAAGCCACAAUCUUGAUAAGAUUUCUGAACUGAACCAUAGAAAUUAUCUGCACUGCACUUCAGUUUUUAAACCAGAGUAAAUUUAAUUAAACUUACUCUUGGUUUAAAAAAUAUAACGUGUUAUGUAUUUUUUUUAUA